UUGUCGACUGAAUAUGAAAUCUCCCUGCAUCAAACGACAUCCAGUCGCUUUAAAACCUUCCGAAACGGAAGAUAUAUUUUGUAUCAUCGGCUUGCCAUUGGAUAGUUGAGUUAAUUUGGAUUCGGUAUUUUUUUUUCGUUGUUGUUGUUGAAAUGCGUAACAAAAGCAAAACACUAUGCUGCUAGACUUUUUGUCGCCAAAUCGAUAGAAUUAUGUUGGGUACUGUGAAUGAAUAUAACAACAAAAAAUAAAUAAAUUUCUCAUUAAUUUGUACAAUUAAUUAAAUGCAAUUCUAUUCUGUGAAUGGGAUAUAUACGAUGUAUAAUGCAAGAUUGUGAUGUGUUAAAAUACAAUAAAUUUUUAUUUUUAAUGUAAAAGAGGAACGAGGUGCUGUGUAUGGUGUGUAAGUAAGUACACGGCGUACUUGUAUAUUUAAUAUUAUACCCAAUAAUAUAUGAUAUUUGUUCAACGCAAGUUCUUUUUCGAUAUAUUUCGUCCGAAAUAAAAUAACCAAAGCUCUAAGUGAAGAGCCGUUUGUUACUUUCAGUUGAACAUAGUAAAUUGUGUGAUUCUCCGGUUCUUUGUUUAUUUAAAAUAAAAAAAAAAGAAAAAAAAAAGUUAAAAUACGAAAAAUAUUCUCAACUUCUAUUUUAACAACCAAAGUUGCAGUUACAGUGCAAACAUCUAUGUCAUGUAAAUAAUAAUUUAAACAAGAAAAUACCAAAUACACGCAGUGUUUCUUCGAGAGUUAGUUUAUGUAAAUUGCAACGGUUACAAAAAGGAAAAAUAAAAUGAAAUCAAGAAUUUUAUUUUGGAUUUUAUCCCAUCAUGCAAUUCAAAUGUGUUUUGCUGGUUCAUCACCCGCCGAUUCAUAUUUGAAAAUGUUUUCGGCUCAACCAUUGACCGAUCCAUGCUACGACGAAGAGCGUUCGAGACGUUGUAUUCCCGAUUUUGUGAACGCUGCAUUCGGUGCACAAAUUGUUGCAUCCAGCCAAUGUGGCGUCAAUGGACCAACCCGAUAUUGUGAUCAGAGCGACAUUCCAUCCAACACCGAAUCCGUUUGUCACGUUUGCGAUGAAUCGAACCAUAAACGAUUCGCAUCCACAUCGCUCACCGAUUUGAAUAAUCCGAACAAUGUGACGUGUUGGCGAUCCGAUUCGAUUAAAUCACCGACCGGUCCCAAUGCACCGCCGGAUAAUGUGACGUUGACUUUAUCGCUGGGCAAAAAGUACGAACUCACCUAUGUCAGUUUACAAUUUUGCCCGAAGUCGAUAAAGCCAGACUCGAUUGCCAUUUAUAAGAGCGCUGACUUCGGCAAGAGCUGGCAACCAUUUCAAUUUUAUAGUUCACAAUGUCGCAAGGUGUACGGUCGUCCGAAUCGUGGAACAAUAACCAAAUCAAACGAACAGGAGGCAAGAUGUUCUGAUUCUCAUCGACAUUCCGGCGAUACGUCGAGUCAAGGUGCUAGAAUUGCUUUCAGCACAUUGGAGGGUCGACCAUCAGCACCCGACUUUGACUCAUCGGCCGUACUACAAGAUUGGGUAACUGCCACCGAUAUUCGGGUCAUCUUCCACCGUCUACAAAUGCCGCAAGACAUGAACGAAGAAUUCUUUCUCGAAUCACAUCCCGUCGAAACUACCAAAUACCGUGACGAUGGCAUCGGUGCCAAUAUCAUCGAAAGUAUAGCCACACCAACGGCCGUCACAAUGUCCACCCAUGACUACGCUGUAUCCGAUUUUGCGGUCGGUGGUCGUUGUAAAUGUAAUGGGCAUGCAUCGAAAUGCAUAAAAAAUGAAACCGACGGUCUACUGACAUGCGAAUGUCGACACAAUACGGCUGGUCGUGACUGCGAAAGGUGUCGACCGUUUCACUUUGACAGGCCAUGGGGUCGGGCAACGUAUAGGGAUGCAAACGAAUGUAAAGUUUGCAAUUGCAACGGACAUGCGAGACGAUGUCGCUUCAAUAUGGAACUGUUCAAAUUAUCCGGACGAAUAUCGGGUGGUGUGUGCUUAAAAUGUCGACAUGCAACAACUGGCCGUCAUUGCCAUUACUGUAAAGAAGGAUAUUAUCGUGAUCCAUCAAAGUCAAUCGAUCACAGAAAGGUUUGUAAACCGUGUGACUGUCAUCCCAUUGGUUCAUCUGGCAAAACAUGUAAUCACACGUCUGGACAGUGUCCAUGCAAGGAUGGCGUCACUGGCUUAACAUGUAAUAGAUGUGCACGAGGAUACCAACAAAGUCGAUCCCAUAUUGCACCUUGUAUAAAAAUACCGCGUUUGAUUAGUGCGAUUCAACAGCAGAACACAGCUCCGGAACCAGAAGACUACGAUCCAGAUACCAGUUAUCGUUCGGAUCGGGGGAGGGGUAAAGUGCGGAAAGUGCAAGGCAGAAACAAAGCGACUAAAUCUGAACAAAUUUUGCAAGAGAGAUUACGCAAUCAUGGCAAAAAUAAUCGAUCGCAAUACGCCAAGCGAAACAAGCAAUCCCACGAAAGAUCAACAACUAACAAAAUUCAUCAUAAGCGUCCAGGCAGUAUUCAAGAAACCGUCCGGCGGGAUUCUAGGCACGGCAUUGCGUCGGACCCCUAUUACACUAGUAAUACCAACGAAAGAUUUGGAAUGUCGAUGUCCAAAGUUAAAAACAAAUAAAUCAUACUUAAUAUUGGGGAAAAAUGCAGAAAGUCCACCGGCUGCGCUUGGCAUUGGACCCCGUUCAAUAGUUAUUGAAUGGAAAGACGAUUGGUACAGUCGAAUGAAACGAUUCCAGCGAAACAUUCAUUCUUGUGUUUAAGGUAAAAUAUUUAAUGUUUUCUUCUGAAAUGAAUUCGAAAAAUUAAAAUAUUUAAAUUAAAAGUAAAAAAAAACUAUUUUCAAAAAAAAAAGAAAUUAUUGAUUUUUAAAUGAGCUUUGAUAAUGUCACAUAUUAUAUUGAACUUAUUAUGUGUAUGCUGUUGGCUCAAACGAUUUAAAUAAAAAAGAAAGAUGAGGAAAGUAAAAAAAAAA